AUGAGCGCCGAGGUGACGAAGGAGGUCGUCGCCACCGAGAGGGUCCCGACGAGCCCUCCGGCGGCGGUUGCGACCUCACCAGGCACGGUCGGCUCCGGCGACCUGACGGCGCGGCAUCUGCCGCCCUUCAGCAGUUUCGCCGGCGGCGAGCACGUGAUGGACACCUCGUCGCUGACCGCGGCGCUUCACUCUCAAGAUACAAACCUGCUAGGUUGGGACUAUUACGAAGGCCUGACUGGCCGGCUGAUCGACGUGGUCCCGACGAGCAAUUACAGACCCUGGGAGUCCAAAAGUGGCGGUCCGGAUGCGGUACUGCCUAGCUUCGCGAGUCAGUUCACCGCUCCGAGCGAAUCUGAACCUCAGUUAACGGCAUUGACGCCACUAUCACCAGCGUCCAUCUCACACUCGCCGCCGGUUACAUCAGCCGUGGGCCUGCCGAGUUUCCACACACUUGGGGCACCGCUUCCGACAUCGCAUCCGCAUCGUGGAUCAGUCGGUUAUCCUCUGGUACCGGCGCCAGUGGCAGCUCGGGACGUCCCGUCUUUACAGCAGCAGAUGAUUGACGAGCGUCACAUACAGCUCUUGGGCUCCAACCCGCUGCCACCUUUCCCCCAGCCAACCAUUGGAGGUCACCCUCAUCAUACAGUACUGACGGUAGUGAAGCCCGAUUACGCGCAAUUGCACCACGCGAAUUUUCAAAAUCCCAUUUCAACCGUGCUGGACUCCUCGCCGACUUCACGGCCGAUUGGUAUUGACGGGCGUAAAAAGGAGCGCAGAAAAAUCCGUGCUGGAUCCAUGGAAUCAGAAGAUGGCGGGGGUGGGGGCGGCGGCGGUGGAGGCGCUGUUGGUACCGGCAAUGUAGAAAGUUCAGGUCAGGUAGCCGCCGUCUCAUCCACCGCUAAUCGCGGCGUGCAUCAUCUCGGCGGGGGUAUAACCGACGGCGACGGUGAUGGUGGCCUUGGCGACAAGCCGGCGAAGAAAAAGCGGAAGAGAUGCGGAGAGUGCAUAGGAUGCCAACGCAAGGACAAUUGUGGGGAUUGCGCGCCAUGUAGAAACGACAAAAGUCAUCAGAUCUGUAAAAUGAGGAGAUGCGAGAAGCUCACGGAGAAGAAGCACCUGUACCACCUGCAGACCGGCGAAGGGGCGUUCCGUGAACGCGGGAGGGGGCGAGGCAAGGGCGCCACGAGGAAUUACCGGAAAAUUGCACGGCAGGUCAGCACACCUGAUAACGCACCAGCUGGUCUCGGCAGCCCGCAGGGUGGUAUUGGCGGUUUGCAGCAACAGCACCAACAACAAACGCAACAAUCUUUGCACCAGCCCGAUCCCAUGCAGCAAACCAAGGACAAUCUCAAUCCCGCGGCGAACCAACAAACGGGCGCUCUCAGAAACGGCAACCCGCCACCUGUCGUAUCCAUGUCGCCCGGAGUGAUGCCGUUUUACGGUGAUUCCGGCGCCGGUUUCCGUCCCGCAACUGGAUUUGGAAAUACGGUCUGGCAUCAGGGAGUCGGGCCAGUUGGUUCCGUAUCGGUCGAAUCAUCACCAGCACCGUGGCCACCUCAACAAUUCAUUCAACAGAUUCCCGCAUCAAAUCAACUCGAGGAGUUAAGGUAUCACCCUCAAUACGGAGGCACAACACCUUAUCAUCCUCAGCCAGUUCCGUAUCAACAACAAACAUUUUUAACGGCGGAUCAGUCUGCAUUUCAACGAGCUGGAACGACGGGACAGUACACCAUCACGGGGCAACCUUCACCGUUGACCCCUGUCGGAGGACAGACGGUAGUUUCGACGCCUCAGAGGCAGUUGAAUGGGCAAUUUGUAGAUCCCUCAGCUACCACUAAUCAAUCAGUCGCUUACGAGCGACAGGACUAUGUAAAUGGCUAUCAACAACAAGACGUGACAAUGGCGCCGCCUCCGUCGACAACUCCGACGAGCCGCAGCAGUUCAGUACACAUGGACAGUCAACAACAACAGCCACAAGGAGGUCCGCAACAGUCAUCACAGCAGCAGCAGCAGCAGCAGCAACAGCAGCAGCAACAACAAACUGGAGCGGAUACGCAAGUAAAGGGAUUCGCGACGAUUGCCGCCACCAACGUGUCGGGAAACGAGAUGCCUGGGUAUCCACUUCAACCGGACCCACAGAGUUUACACAACUCUAACGGGUAUCCAGGCUACGUGGAAAUGGGUCAACAAUCAACGCAGAACCAAUGGCAAAUGGUUUCGCAGCAACAACAGCAACAUCACCAACAAACACAAAUACAACAACAGUCGGUGAUCGACAAUAAUCAACAACAUGCAUGGUCAGACACAAGUGGAAAAAUGAGCAGUAGUGUCAACAGCAACAUGAAUUGGCAAGAAGGAGCGAUGCAACAGCCACAAAAGCCUCUACAGCAACAGCAACAAAAUAUGCAAGGAAACAUGAAGUCUCAGGUGGAACAGCAACAAAUGCAAUCACAGGAACUGCCAAGACCAGCGAGUCACAUGAGCUGGGAGACCGGAAGCGUGAAGGAGCCUCAAACGCCACAAUCAUGGUCUGAAAACGCCGACAGCCAGCAACAACAAACUCAGGGAAACUGGUCGCAACAGAGUCCGAAGCUAAGGGACCCGCAAAACUCACGGUUGACGCCUUCUAGUCAACAACCGUCUCAACAUCAGACUUGGCUACAGCACUCUCCGAAAUUGUCAGACCAUCAGCACAGUAAUGCUCAGCAAAAUGCGAGGAUGACGCCUUCCAGCCAGCGGAGCUGGCAACAAAACAGUCCGGAAAUGCAAGGAUCUCAACAGAAUCCGAGAUUGACGCCUUCCGGACAGCAGAUGCAACAACAGCAGUGGCCGCAGCAGACCAAGGUGGAGCAGAAUCCCAGACUCACACCGUCCAAUCAAAUAUCUUGGCCCGAUACGCCGACUAGUCAACCGAAUUGGUCACCAAAUAGCAUAAAAAGUGAUAAUAGUCAACAGCCACAGCAACAAUGGCAAGAUUCGCAGCCCAGUCCUAGACGGACCCCGAGUCAUCAGUGGCAAAAUCAGCUGCCACAGGAAAAUAAACUAGACAGUCAAAUGUCUUGGUCGCCUGUAAAUUCUGUAUCGGAAACUCAGCCGACUUGGGGACAACAGACGACAAAGCAAGACAUGCAAAAUUCAGGAGAGAGAAUUGCAUGGCAACAACAAACAACAGUAGAUACUAGUAAACCGAACGGAUUUCCAGAAAAUCAAGAUAAUCCAGAAAGUCACGUCUAUGCUCAAUCUAAUCGAGUGAAUCUUAAUAGCCGAUUGAAAUCGAUGAUUUUGAAUAAGCAGCAGCAACAACAACAACAGCAGCAACAAAUACAACAACAACAACAACAGCAAACCCACCAUCAUCAGAUGCAAUCACAACAUGCUAAUACCAACAAUGGAUCUUCUUCGGAAUAUUCAGCGGAUGAUCAAAUGCGCGAUGCGCAUGAAAGUAACGAGAAGAUGCAAGAAAAAUGCACAGAUCAUUUUAUCAAUCAAUCAAACAUUUCGAUGACGCAAUCUAAUGAAAAUUUGACCGGUAAUUUUUUAUUGCAUAGCCACCACCCUCGGGUAGAGAGUUUGCCCGACGGUGGUGGCUUAUGGGAAUGGACGGAAGGAGAACAUAAUCACAAUAAUAACGACAUCGAUAAUAAAGAUGAUAACUCCAUAUUACCAGAAAAUGGAAUGACAGUUUUCGAAAAUUUUAUGAAGCUCACUGCAGAAAAUAAGAGUCCAUCAUGUGACAAAGACGAGGAUCAACAUUCCUGGGAGACAGAUGGAAGAAAUGAUAAAGAUCAAGAGAUCGACGACAAGUCAUUCCAACAAAGAUUAUGCAUGGGUCAAAUUGAGAGCACGUCUUUCGAGAGGUCCCAAAAGAUAUCUGAAAAUGACGGAAUAAAAACUGAUAAUCUGGGUUUUUUGAAGACGACAAAUACCGCCGAUCAUAUAUCUUCCCAAGAUAAAUGCAAUUCUGAUCGGUUAAUUAAACAAGAGACCAUCGAAGAACAUGAUUAUGUUCACAUAUCCCACGAUGCGUCCAACAUAGUCGAGAACGAAGAGAAUCAAGAGAUUACUCAGGAUUAUAAAUUUCGCGGCGAUGGUGGACCCGCAAAGGUAUCGCCAGGUACUGGUUCGUGGUGCUGUCGAAGAGGUGGAACCGAACAGCCGACUCCUGAACAUCUAAGAGACGGCUGUUGUCAGGGUCUUCAAACCAAGGAUGAAAUACUAGACGAUUCCACAGAAAAAUCCGAGUUAAAGAACGAAGGACCGCACAGUCCGCAUACUCCAACUACGACGACUGUGACAACAAAGUUGCAAGAUCACUUGGACAAAUUGAAGAACAAUGUCAGGACCGAAGUACCGGACUGCAACUGCUUCCCCGCCGAUAAAUGUCCGCCAGAGCCCGGUUCGUACUACACUCACCUCGGGGCAGCUGCAAGUCUGCCUGAUCUUCGGAAUGAUCUCGAACGAAGAACUGGCCUUAAGGGUGACGCGAUAAGAUUUGAAAAGGUCGUCUAUACUGGCAAAGAGGGCAAAACCACGCAAGGGUGUCCAAUGGCCAAGUGGAUCAUCCGACGAUCCGGCAUUGAUGAGAAAAUCUUAACCGUGGUGAAACAUCGUCAAGGUCACAAAUGUCCAACCGCUUGGAUCGUUGUAGCUAUGGUUGCUUGGGAAGGAGUACCGACUCACGAAGCAGAUCGUAUCUAUACUCUCUUAAGUCACAAACUCAAUCGAUUCGGUCUUCCAACCACCAGGAGAUGCGGUACCAACGAACCGCGAACAUGUGCAUGUCAAGGACUCGAUCCUGAUACAUGCGGCGCCAGCUUUUCCUUUGGCUGCUCCUGGUCAAUGUAUUAUAACGGCUGCAAAUAUGCCAGAAGUAAAACCGUCCGAAAGUUUCGAUUGUCUGUACGAUCGGAGGAACAAGAAGUUGAAGAGAGAAUGCACGUUUUGGCGACGCUUUUGUCACCUUUGUAUCUUAGUCUUGCGCCAGAGGCUUUCAAUAAUCAAACUCAAUUCGAGCGGGAAGCGAGCGAAUGUCGUUUAGGAUUUAAACCAGGUCGACCCUUUUCUGGUGUUACGGCUUGCAUUGAUUUCUGUGCACACUCCCAUCGGGAUCUACACAACAUGAAUAACGGAUGUACCGUGGUAGUUACUGUGACAAAACAUCGAACAUUAUCGAAACCCGAAGACGAACAGUUACAUGUGCUACCUCUUUAUAUAAUGGACGACACAGACGAAUUUGGUUCAAAGGAAGGUCAAGAAAAGAAGGUUCGCUCCGGUGCUCUCGAAUUUUUAUCUAAAUAUCCAUGUGAGGUUCGAGUUAGAUCGGUACCUCUUCAACCGUGUAGACGUCAUGGUAAAAAAAGGAAAGAAGAAGAACCGGAUACUCAGACUAGCAAAAAGGAUUCAGUCAAAAUUAUGACGGAAAAAAUAGCUGAUUCCGGGCGAUCGGGACAUGUUGAUUUUUCUAAACUACAAUCGCAGUUAACACUGGAGAUGACGCCCAUGUUCGAGGGAAUUGACGCGCAGUUACAGAGCUCUCAGGUAUCAUCCACAGUCUUAGACAGUCCGGUAUCCAUGUAUCAAGGAUGGGGAGCAUAUCAAGGUGAGCAACAGUGGAACCGAAACGGCUGGCUCGAACAGCGUAAAAGUAAUUGGAUGAAUUCAUGGGGAGAAUAUCCUUCAUUUGGUGGUUUAGAGAGGGACAUCAAAGUGGAUCCAGACAGUACCAGUUUAGAUGAUACUAGGCCCAGAAGUACCGUUUCUCAGGAAGAGCAUAGACCAGGCUCGAGGAAUCUACCUAACUCUACAGUGGAUUCAGCCAGAGGAUGUUAUGGAAGUUCACCUAGAAUUCAUCCGGUUUCACCUCGUUCGCACAUAUCAGGAGAGGUGUCUUAUAAUACAUCACCCAGAGGCUGUACCACAACGUCUCAGGAUCCGAAAAUGGCUUCAUUGAAAGGAUUGGAACAUUCAAACAUGGAAAAUAAUUAUGAUCAUCAAAUGACUUCUGGAAUUUACACCGCUUCUGUAAACGGACAAAAUGACUGUUCUCCCUCAAAAUUCGGCUCCCACAAUCCAUCACUCGGCAUGGAGAUGACACAUCGAAACAUUCCAUCCAAGAUGAAUCAACCGCCAGUUCAUGUACGCAAUAUAAAUCAAGAUUAUGUCACUAAUCAAAUGAGAUUACCAUCUCCUAAGUAUAUGGGAGAUUUUAAUUCGCAAAAAUACUCGGAUACGAUGACACAAAAUUACAUGGAUGCUGAAAACUCUACAAAAUUGCCAUUACUGAGGCCACAAGUUGAGCAAACAUUUGCAAAUAGGAUGCAACAUUUAUCUCCAUCAAAACAAAUGCAACCAUCUGUAAACUCUGGCUAUCAUAAUCAAUAUUACGAUGGUAACACGUCAAAUUUAUAUUCUUACAUGGAAAAUGGUAAUCAUAAAUCUGUGGAGACUCCAAACUCAAAUGUUUUGGGACAUAACUCCUUGCAUUUGCCAGAACAACGAAAUGACGUGCAAUGCUUGUCGAAUGAUCAGCGAAAAUUCAUUUAUCACGCGCAAAGACAAUCGGAAGUAAAAUCCUUUAUGAGCAAUCAUCCUCCAUCGCCAUCAUCUGAUCAAGUUUCUUGCCCACAGAAUUGGAAUAUGGCGAAUUCGUGGUGUUCCAAUCAAGUUAAAAAUCCACAGCAAUUUGAUCAGCAAAUGGGUGACAAGAAGAUCUGGGUCGGUAAACUAACAAGAUCAGACCAAACCAAAAUUGCCUGGGAAACGUCAUCCGAACCAUCACCAUUCCGAGUACCAAGAGGAAGACCACCUUCGCGAACAAUAUCCAAUCAGAACUUAUCUACGGAACCUAAUGCAUAUCCAAAUCCUUUGACCCGAACAUUUUUAAAACCUCCAGAUUCCAAACCUAUUUUUCCGGACGCUCCAAGUAGCAACACGGCCCAAAAUGGAUAUAUAUCCAAUCACUUGAAGGACUCCUGCGCGGAAGAUAAAUUACGAGAAGGAUUUUAUGACAACAAGCAAGAAGUAUCCAAUUCCAAUCCAAAUUCUUUGCCAUGGACUGAUGAAGUAAAGCAAGAUCUCCAUGCUGUGUCUGGUUUAAGUCACCAUGCGUUUCCUCAAUACGGAUAUCCACCCUAUCCAGUGUUCGAGAAACCUUAUACGAACUCAUGGGAAGGUUAUAACUAUAACCAUAAUCAGUCAUAUCAAACUCCAGAACAAUUCUAUCAACAACCAAAACGUGAAGGUUGUUUUCAUUCAUCUCAAUAUCCGUAUCAGGGCUUGAAUCCGGCGUAUCAAGGCUUGAAUUCUAGUUGGACAAGAUGGGAUACUCCGCGGUGGGAUAUUUACGGACCACCACCGUAUUUCCCGGUUCUGCCAGAGCCUCCUCCGAAGGCGGAACCACUCGGUGAAAUAACGGAUUAUUCUGAGAAUGAAGAAUGUUUCAAGGAUCCUCAAAUGGGUGGUGUUGCGAUUGCCUUGAGCCAUGGUAGCGUACUCUUCGAAUGUGCGAAACAUGAAAUGCAUGCCACCACCGCACUAAAAAAACCAAAUAGACUCAAUCCGACUAGAAUUAGCUUGGUAUUCUAUCAACAUCGCAAUUUAAACAGACCCAAACACGGUUGGGAUGAGUGGGAGGAAAAGAUGCGAUUACGAAAAUUGGGUAUCACAACAUCGACUAGCAAUGCGUCCGUGUCGACGACCAAUCCAUCGACUCCAACUACCGCUACAAGCCCCGGUAGUACAACAAACGAAAAAGUGACGCCACUUCCACCACUUUCGCACAUUCCAAACAUUCCCAGUUCACAGUUCAUGAUGAGAUCACCUACUUACACCACAAUGACUUGGACAACGCUCUUCCCAAUGCAUCCGUGUAUGAUAACUGGACCGUAUCAAGAAGGUGGUGCGAUUGGAUGAGUCGAGGUUGGACGGUACAGCUUCGAUCGUUGAUGACCGAAGUUUGUAUUGAAAUAUAUGCCAUCACCAAGAAUCGAAUCAGCUAUAAAGAAUUCGAGAGAUAAGAUCCUGAAGAAGAAUCGAGAUGAAUCCGAUCGAGGAUAAAAUGAUGAGGCGGCGAUUUUACCAUGAGAGGCUUUAUAUUGUUAUUAUCGUUAUAGUUAGUUAUUCCGAAAACGAGAAACACACACUUUGCACUGCCAUUUUUCUAUUUCGAGUUUUACGCAAGAUUUAAACAUAGCGACAAAACGUGCUUGAAAAAAAAGCCU